UUCUAUUAAAAAAGUGCUUGUGGUAUUUUUACAUUGUUUUAAAGUGAGGAAAAAUUCGAAACCCGCGAUAGAUCACGCAAACAAGUCAAUUAUGAUUUACGCAACUCUUCCUCUAAUCAUUCUUCUAACCACAUUUUUUUCCACAAUUUCAGGCUCUGCCCUACAUGGCCCUUGCGAAUCGAACGAAAAUUGCGGCACUUUGGACACUUUUUGUGAAAACGGAACCUGCGUGUGUCGUGACAAUUUCCGAGUGUUUUACGACCAUUGCGUCCAAAUUGCCACUCCUGUGAUUCCCUGUACGCACAAAACAAUUUGCAAGACUGCGCUAGGGCUUAAGGGGAUAUGUGUGGACAAGCACUGUGCGUGCAGGUCGUUUCAUCAUUUUUUUAACAAACAGUGCAUCAAAAGCAAAGGUUUGGAUGAGGAAUGUGACUCUGAUCAUCAGUGUUAUUGCGGUGAUGACUGUACUGAUAAAAUUGAGUGUUUGAAUCGGAUUUGUACGUGUAAACGGGGCUUUAAAAUUAAAGGCCGGAGAUGUAUUCCAGAUUCGAAUUUCGUUCAAGAGAAAUCGACUGCUUCGACCAAAAGUGUGCUAAUUUAUGUUAAAUUGUUGUCCGUUUUGUAUUUUUUAAAUAUAUAGUAGUUUUUGGCGA